CAUAUCUUAGCAUCGCGGAAGUCGGACCUAGCAACGAAUUUAGUCUCAGUAUCGAAGAAAACCAUUCCUCUCCAAAUCCGCGUUUCCCCUUGGCCAUUCGCUCUCUUGCAGUAGCAUAACCUCACGCGGUAGUCGGAGAUUCACGCGCCACCCAUGGCUUCUCCGCCGACACUUCCGAUUUCCAACCCCCAAUCCAACAGCGGCACCACGGCUUCCCAGUCUCAGCCUCCAAUUGCUACGCCUGCCUUUCGGUCCUUCAUCGCACGCCUCUCCUCUUCUGUCCGCCAGGGAUUCUCCCAGCGCCGCCCGUGGUCGGAGCUCAUUGACCGGACUGCAAUGUCCCGGCCAGAUUCUCUUUCAGAAGCAUAUUCUCGGAUCCGCAAGAACUUCUCUUACUUCCGUGUCAACUACAUAACCCUACUUGCCCUCGUAUUGGCUAUCUCUCUCAUCUCCCACCCGCUCUCGCUCCUUGUUCUCUUCGGCCUCCUCGGCUCAUGGGCCUUUCUGUACCUUUUCAGGCCUUCAGAUCAGCCCCUUAUCCUUUUUGGUCGCACCUUCACUGAUCGCGAAAUUUUGGGUAUUCUGGUGGUGUUGACAGUGUUCGUUGUUUUUCUCACCAACGUUGGAUCUCUCUUGAUUUCGGCUUUGAUGGUUGGGUUGGCAAUCGUUUGUGCGCACGGUGCAUUCAGAAUGCCUGAGGAUCUGUUUCUGGACGAUCAAGAACCCAUGAAUUCCGGUUUCCUGUCGUUCCUCGGCGGCGCUGCCUCUUCUGCCGCUGCAUCGUCUGUUUCACGCGUGUAAACGGAUCGGGGUUCCCGUGUAUCUUGGUUGGCUUUCACGAGGUUUAUUCGGACCAAUCUUCUUGUCCUGCUUUACUAAGCUAGUUGCCUUCUUGAUAGGAGGACUUUUUCUUGCUCAUUUGUAUGAUCCAAAGCAAAUUGCUUGGGAUAUUGUCUUCUCCGAGAUAUACGUAGAUGAAAACUUUGCAGAUUGAAUUACUUUACGCCAUUUUAUCAGUAGCAAGAUAUGCUUUCGAUCUUUGUAGUUUAUAUUCCAA